AUGUUUCCGAACGCAGCUGUACGCAGUAUUUGUGAUUUGUGACUGUUGGGUGUUUGGCGCGUUUAUCCAGUUUAUGACAUCAUCGAAUAUCUCUUCAAAAGUCUGUGAAAGUAGUAUUCUUCUUCCACACACACACACACACAUAAAUAAAUAUUAUUACAUCGUUUAUUAUCUCUCAAGAAAUAUAAAGGGAACACCGAUUAUUUAUAAUCGUAUAAACGAGUAAUUAGUAUAUAUAUCGUAAUUUAUUCGACAAAGAAACUCGUUGAAUCACGUUGAAUUAAGAUAACAUUGAUAGCAUCGUCGAUAAGAACGUACUUGCGUAUUUGUACGUUAUAAAUUAAUGAUUUGAUUAUAUGAGGCAAGAUGUCGAAAAUACGCCGGCUAUCGAUUCGCGGCAUUCGUAAUUUCGGUGAUGACAACGAGGACUCGUUAAUACGUUUUUCCUGUCCGUUAACGCUCAUUUUGGGACCGAAUGGCACGGGGAAAACGACGAUAAUUGAAGCAUUGAAAUAUGCCACGACCGGUGUAUUUCCACCGGGCUCUGAUAAAGGAAGAUCUUUCAUACAUGAUCCCAUGCUGGCAACAACCGGCUCGGUAAGAGGUGUUGUCAAAGCUGAGAUAAUUGAUUCCAUGGGUAAUACUUAUACAGUAUCAAGAACAAUUGAGUCAUUGAAAGCAGUAAAAAAAUUUAAGACUCUUGACAGUACUGUAACCAGAGUAAGCAAGGAUAAAAGGGAUAAAGCAUCAAUAACCAAUCGAUGCGCUGAUGUUGAUGCAGAACUUAGUGUAGCAUUAGGUGUUUCAAAGUCGAUUCUAAAUUAUGUCAUAUUUUGUCAUCAAGAUGAAUUUAAUUGGCCAUUUGACCAAGGAAAAGAUUUAAAAGACAGAUUCGAUGAAAUAUUUGAUAGUACUAAAUUCAAUAAAGCUUUAGACACUAUCUCCAAACUUUAUAAAGAGUUACAAGGGGAUAUUCGUACUCUAAAUGCAGAGAAAAAGACUUUCAAAGUACUUGUGUCUGCAGUAGAAGAUAAAGAGACUAAACUCGAGGAACAUAAGAAGAGAUUGAAUACCACAAAGGAAAAAAUUAAUGAUAUCGAUAAACAGCUUACACCUUUAAAACAGAAGAUCGAAGAGGUGCAACAAUCUCAUUCCGAAUACAAAAAUAUUCAGGCUGAAGAAGAGAAAAAGAAAAUGGAAUAUGAUGUGAAUAAGGAACGAUACCAAAAAUUGAAAGAAACAAUAAAGAAUAUCUUUGAAGGAACAACAGAGGAAUUAAAUGCGCGCAUAGAAUCAUAUGAUACUAUAUUAAAAGAAAAAAAUAAUGAAAUAGCAGAGAAUGAGAAUGAAAUCAAAGGAAUUUCUGAGAAAGAGGCUAGGAUCUCGAAAAUCUUAGCAAUACGAAGGGAAACUGUAGGUACAUUUAAACAGCAAGUAAAAGAUCAGGAGAAAAGAAUAAUUCGCCGUAAUCAAUUAUUAAAUGACGCAUUACAAGCAUGGGAUUUUGAUACAGUGCAAGAAGAUGUAACUGAAAUAGAGGUAAAGGCUCUUACAAAAAGAUUGGAACAAAAAAUGCGGGCGUUGGAACGAGAAGUAGAAGAAAAUAGACUAGCCAUGCAAAAAAAGGAAAGAGAAUCGCAAAAGGAAGUUGAUUUGCUGCGUAGCAAUUAUUCAAAGAUAGAAUCAGAAAAGAUUCUCAAAGAGAAGGAAAUAACAGAGAUAAGAGAUGAAAUUGCCACCAUUCGAAACCAGAUAGCGCAGAUUGGUGCAGCAGGAAAUAAAUUAAAGUCAAUCGAACAAAAACUUCAAGCGGCAAAACAAAAAACUGAUGAACUUAACAAUGCAUUAGAUGUUGAUACUAUUAAAGUUGAUAUCGAAAAUAAAGUAAAAUCUAGAGAUAAGAUUGAAGCAAGUUUAAGUGCGAUUGAUGACGAGAUAUCUUCUUUACAUAAAUUAAGCUCGUUAAAAACAGAAUUCGAUUUGAAAAGGUCGGUAUUGCAAGCUAAAGAAGAAGAAUUGGAAAAUUUAAGGAGAAAACAUGAAGAUAGCAUCAAAACAUUGUUAAAUAUUCAUGAAUUACAACAGACGAAAUUGAAAACUACUUUGGAACAUGUUCACCAGCAAUUGGAAAAUGAAACAAGUUCUUUGACACGAGAGAUUCAAACACAAGAACGUAAAACUACCGCUUUUCAAACAACAUUACAAUACAUAGAGUCAGACAUUGGGAAAAAGAGGCUAGAGCUACAUCGUGAUAAAGAGAAAAUAUCUACAGUGUGUGAUUACAAAGAGUUUGAUGAGACUUUGUUAAUGCAAUCAAAAAUAGUAAAGGAUCUUCAGGACAAGCGAGGAAUUUAUGCUUAUCAAGCCACAGCCUACAAAGAAUAUAUUAAAAAGUUAUCUAUAAAAGAUCCUUGCUGCCCCUUGUGUCACAGAAAUUUUCAGAAACAAGAUAAAGUUGCAGAUUUAAUAAAAGAAAUGGAAAACGAUAUAAUUAGUAAUCAACCUCAUCGUUUAAAAAUGUGUGAAGAGGAAUUAAAAAUACAACAAGAAAAAUACGAUAAUAUGUUGCAAUUGAAACCUAUUGUUGAAAAAGUCAUUCAAUGUGAAGAGAACGAUUUGAAAAAAUUAGAAGAGAGAUUAGAGAAAACCAAGAAUAGUGUAAAGUUGUCCAAAACAGCUAUUAAAGAUCUAGAAGUGUCAAAGGCAGAACCUGAAAAGAAGUUAUCACUAUAUAAAGAUAUGAUCGGUGAUAUCAAAUUUUGGGAUCGAUGCAUAGAUGAAAUACAGCAAUUAAAGAAAACUGUUGGUAACUUGGAAACUCAAAUGGCCAAUGCUGGAGUUAAAACCAAAAAAACUAUAGAAGAGCUGCAGGUGCAGCGAGAAUCCUUGAAAACAUCUUUUAGGGAAACUCGUAAUCAUAUUGAAGCAUUGCAACUCAGAUUGAAUAAGCAUAACGAAAGACUGCAUGAGGCUAGAGAGACAUAUAACAAGUUACACGAGGAACAAUUAAAAAUACAUUCGGAUAUGCAGAAAUUGAAACAUUUAAAAGAUAAGCAGGAGGAUUUGUAUACAAGAGAAGUUACUGUGGGGGAGAAAGUGGAGAAACUGCGAGAAGAUUUGGCAAAUGCUGAAAAUCAACUGGAUUCUGGAGCUCAGCAGUUGGAAAAGAUGAAGCUAAAAAACUGGCAAAAGCAAGAAGCUGAUAGAAAAUUGAUGAUGGAAAGUGUUAAACGUUUAUCCGACUUGCAUAAGAUAAUAGACGAAGUCGAUUCAUUUAUUAGCAGCGACGUACCUAGGAAACUCGCGAGCUAUGAGAGUGAGAUAGAGACUUAUCAACAGUCACUAAUGGAACUUAUGAACAAGAAAAAGGACAUUGAGCAAGCGAUAAAUAAGUUGAAGGAGGACGUUGCUUCUGAAGAAAUUGGAAAGAGAGAGUUACAUGAUAAUAUAAUGUUACGCAAAACUAAGGAUAUGAUAGAGGCUUUGAAGGAACAAUAUCAGAAAUUGAACGAAAAACUGAAAAAUAUGAAUUACAAUGAGCUGACGAAGAAAUGGGACCAGUUAGAAAACGAAAAACAGGCAUUAUUUCGUCAAAGAAACGUAGCACUGGGAAAUCAGGAGGAGUUGGAAAGAGUAAUUCAACAGUACAUGCAGGAAUUGCGAAAAGAGGAAUAUCGAUUAGCUCGUCGAAAUUAUACUAACAAGAGUAUUGAAUUAACAGUUCAGGAAGACUCCAUAGCCAAUUUGAAAGCUUACAGUAAAAUAUUGGAUACCGCCAUGAUCGAGUACCACGAGGAACGCAUGUCGACAGUCAAUAAGAUAAUGAAGAAGCUAUGGAAACAUGUUUACAAGGGUACAGAUACUAGUAGCAUAGAGAUUUGUACAGAACCUACGGAAGUAAAUGCGGUUAGCAAUAGAAGAAGCUACAAUUACAAACUAAUUCAAACUAAGCAUGGCUGUAAGAUGGAUAUGAAAGGACGUUGUAGCGCUGGACAGAAAGUAUUGGCAUCCAUAAUUAUAAGACUCGCUUUGGCAGAAACAUUCUGCAAGGAUUGCGGUAUUCUCGCAUUAGACGAACCAACGACAAAUCUGGAUGAAGAAAAUGCUAACAGUCUAGCAGAUACGCUAACUAAAGUUGUUGAACUACGAUCGAGAUAUCAAAAAAAUUUCCAGCUGAUUAUUAUCAGCCAUGAUGAAAAGUUCCUACAGAAGCUGGCUGAUCUGAAUAAUCACAAGCAAUUCCACGAGCUUUAUCGCAAACAAAAUGGAAUGAGUGCAGUGAAAAUUUCCGACUUCAACGAACCUAUGAGUUCUCUGGUGCAAAUUAAGAGCGAGGACGAAUCCGAUGAAGAAGAAAGGCGUCCUAAUCAGUUUCGGGAUCCAACUAGUGGUUCAUCUACAGAUAGGUCAAAUAAAAAGAGAUACAAUUGGGAUGAUUUCAAUGAACAUGAUAGGCCACCGACUAAAAGGAGAUACCAUUUCGCCGAGUGAAUCGUCUAAAAUAUAUGUGCGCUAAGCUUAUAUAUAUUAUUUAUAUAUUCAUUAUAUUUUUUCUAACAUAUAAUAUAUAUAUAUAUGCAUUUUUUUUGUACAAGAUUUCUAUAAUUGUUUAAGUGUAUUCUCGUAAUAUGUUGGUGCGUAUUCUUUCAAAGAAAAGUUAUUUAGAUAAAAGUUACAUAUAUAUUAUCCACUUCUGAAAAUACCUCAAGUAUGUGAUAACUAAACGCGCGAAGAUUAUCUUGUACUUACUCCGAGAGGAGUAUGGUAGAGUUGGUUAUCAAUAAAUUUAUUUUCAAACUUA